UCUAACCGAAGAGUAACACAGAAUUGUUGCACCGAAGGGCUCUCAAACCUCAGAUGCCUUCACUGAUCCUCCUAAUAGGUUAGAGUAACAUUUUCCUAAAUUAUGGACCACAAAACAGACAUCACACCAGCUGUGUAUUAUCCACCUUUUUCAGGUUAAUUAAUUCAGUUUGAUACCCAUCUUCCCUAUACAUGUAUAUUUUCUUCUCAUAGAAAACUUCUAGUGAUUUUCAUAUUGGAUUUAGUCCUCACAUCAGUAGUAUAUCCCAAAAAGGAUGGAGCAUUCCGGUUUGUGUUUUGGGUGGUUUGUGUUAAUUUUCAAUUGUGGGAUUCUUCUUUUGUGCAUGAUCUCAGGUCUGGAAUCUGCAGUAGCAUCCACUUCUGGAAAUCAGACGGAUCAAUUUGCUUUACUUGAUUUCAAGAAUCGGAUAAGUCAUGACCCGCUUCAAAUAAUGAGCUCAUGGAAUGAUUCUAUCCAUUACUGUGAUUGGGUAGGUGUUAGCUGCAGCUCCGCCAGUGGCAGAGUCCUGAUUCUGAACUUAGAAUCUCUAAGUUUAAUUGGCUCAAUACCGCCUUCUAUUGGCAACCUCACAUACCUUACUGGGAUCAACCUACAAGACAACAGCUUCCAUGGUGACCUUCCUCAAAGUUUAGGCCACUUGCUACGCCUGCAGCAUCUCAAUUUGAGCUCAAAUUCUUUCAGCGGAAAGAUCCCAACAAAUCUUUCUCAUUGUACUGAAUUAAGAUUCCUCAAGGUAAAUUACAAUGAGCUCAUUGGGUCAAUCCCGGCUCAGCUUAGUUCAUUGUCAAAAUUGUUGUAUCUAGGUCUCGCUUCAAAUAACCGGACAGGAACUAUCCCAGCUUGGAUAGGAAACUUUUCGUCACUAUUGGUUCUUGGACUCACCAGGAACAAUCUGUAUGGUCGCAUACCCCCUGAACUUGGUGGCCUGUCACGUUUGGGAGUUUUUCAGCUUUAUGGAAAUCAACUGUCCGGUACUAUUCCUUUGUCAAUUUACAAUAUUUCCUCCAUUUACUACUUCUCUGUUACUCAGAACUACUUACACGGCCAACUCCCAACAGAUGUUGGCUUUACCCUUCCUAAUCUCCAAAUAUUUGCUGGGGGGGUGAACAAUUUCACAGGACUCAUUCCCGUUUCAUUGCCAAAUGCCUCUAGGCUUGAGUUGAUUGACUUUGCUCAAAAUAGUCUCACUGGCACUGUGCCAACAAAUUUGGGAAGCUUGCAAAAUUUAUAUAGAAUUAAUUUUGAUAAUAAUAAACUCGGAAAUAGAGAAGUUGGUGACUUGAUUUUUUUUACUUUCUUGACUAACUGCACUAGUCUGGAAGUACUUGGUUUGUCCGGAAAUCUUUUCGGAGGAGAGUUGCCCCGCUCCAUAGCCAACCUCUCAACCAGCCUAGAAAUACUUACUCUGGGUAGUAACUUGAUUUAUGGAACUGUUCCUGUGGGGAUUGAGAACCUCAUCAAUUUGACCCUUCUAGGGCUAGAAGGGAACUACUUGACUGGUAGUAUCACUGGUGCUAUGGGGAAGCUUCAAAAAUUAGAGGGAUUAUAUUUGAAUGUUAACAAAUUUUCAGGGCCAAUACCAUCUUCCCUUGGCAACUUAACAUCAUUAACCAAACUCUUUAUGGAGGAGAAUAGACUAGAAGGCAGCAUACCCCCAAGCCUUGGAAAUUGCAAGAAUUUGCUGGUGCUAAACCUUACUAGUAAUAAUCUUAGUGGCACCAUACCCAAAGAGGUCAUCAGUCUCUCUUCUCUUUCUAUUUCUUUGGCAAUGGGUCAUAAUUAUUUGACUGGUUCAUUACCAUUUGAAGUGGGUAACUUGAUACAUCUCAUGGAACUUGAUGUGUCAGAUAACAGAUUGUCUGGUGAAAUUCCAAGCACCCUCAGCAGUUGCCUUAGUUUGGAGCACCUGCUUAUUGAGGGGAAUUCAUUUCAAGGAACACUUCCUGAAUCUUUGAAAGCAUUAAGAGGCUUAGAAGAGAUUGAUUUUUCGCGUAAUAACUUGUCUGGUGAGAUCCCAGAAUUCCUUGGAAAGUUUUCAUCUCUAAAGAAACUCAAUCUUUCCUUCAAUAAUUUCGAGGGGGCAGUGUUAAUGGAAGGAAUUUUUGCAAAUGCUACUGCAAUUUCUAUCCUUGGAAAUGACAAGCUAUGUGGUGGUGUCCUAGACUUGCAUUUGCCUGCUUGCUCUCAAGAAAAAUCUCACUCAAGAAAAUUUCUAGCUCCAAAAGUUUUCAUCCCCGUAACAAUAGCAAUUAUAUUUGUAAUGGUACUGUCGUGUUCUUUUGCUGCUUGUUAUGUGAGAAGAAACUCAAGAAAGAGACCUUCAAGUGAAUUCUCCUCUAGGGAUUGGAAAAUGGGGGUUUCUUACCAAGAACUUGUUAGAUCAACUAAUGGGUUCUCCAUGGACAAUUUGAUCGGUUCAGGUAGCUUUGGCUCUGUUUAUAAAGGAACUCUCAGUGAUGAUGGCACAAUUGUGGCAGUGAAAGUGUUAAACCUUCAACAGGAAGGAGCUUCGAAGAGCUUCAUGGAUGAAUGCAGGGCUUUGAGAAGUAUACGGCAUAGGAAUCUCCUCAAGAUCAUAACUACAUGUUCUAGUGUUGAUCAACGAGGUAAUGACUUCAAAGGUCUUGUAUUUGAGUUCAUGUCCAAUGGAAGCCUUGACCAGUGGCUGCAUCCAAUUGAUGACAGGCAACAUAGAACCACGAGUAUGAAUAUAAUCCUGAGACUGAAUAUAGCCAUUGAUGUUGCUUCUGCAUUGGAUUAUCUCCAUCAUCAUUGUGAAACACCAAUUGUUCACUGUGAUCUAAAGCCAAGCAAUGUUCUCCUGGAUGAUGACAUGACAGCCCAUGUCGGUGACUUUGGAUUAGCAAGGUUCCUCUUUCAAUCAUCAAAUAAUCCCACCAAAAAUCAAACCACGUCAGCUGGGCUAAAGGGUUCUAUCGGUUAUAUUCCUCCAGAGUAUGGUAUGGGUGAUCAAGUGUCCACCCUUGGAGAUGUGUACAGCUAUGGAAUACUCUUGCUGGAGAUGUUUACAGGCAGAAGACCAACAGAUGACAUGUUCAAAGAUGGCCUAAACCUUCACGAGUUUGUUGCAAUGGCUUUACCUGAACGUGUACUGGACACAGUAGACCCUUCACUGUUCUUCGAGGAAGAAAACAACUUAGACGAGAAUAAAAAAGAUGAAAUAGAAGAAGUAGCAUUGAACAAAAAUGAACCCCAGGACAGCGCUAGGUGGGGAAUGGAGGAAUGCUUGGUUUCAGUGAUGAGAACUGGAGUUUCAUGUUCUAAUUCAUUACCAGGGGAUAGGAUGACAAUGAAUGUGGUUGUCAACACAAUGAAUGCAAUCAGAAACUCAUUUCUUAGUUUUAAGAAACAGAAUUGAAGAAGACUUGGAUGAGAUUUUAAUUUUGCUGCUUAAGGCAAAGUUGACGAGCGCGUCGAGGCCGUCGUUUUGAUCGGAGCAAAUCUCCGUUUGGUCACACUUGGGAUUUCAAAAUUUUGGGCAUAUUUGGGGCUUUUUCUUCAAUUUGAAGUAGGAGUCUCCCUAAUGCAUUGAGUUUUGCCUUUUGUUUGAGCAAAUUCCUAUUUCCUCUUGUUAUAUUUUGAGACAAUGUAAACUUUGAUAUGAAAUUGUGUUUAUUUGGAGAUUAUGUUAGUGUAUUAAAUGAUAACAUGAUAUUGGUGUGUGAAUGAUUAUAUGUUGAACAUGUUGAUGUGUGGUUCUUGUAAGAAAUUAUUUUGCUUAAAUUAAUAUUGUGGAUGAUACUAUUAUUGUAUUGAAUUCUUAAAACAUACCAUGAUCUUAAUUGAUUUUAUAGAAUAUCUUGCUUAUAAUUGUUGGAUUGAAAAUGCCAUGUUAAUGUUUUAUUGCUAAAUUGACGAGCUUGAUAGUUGAGAACAUGAAAAGCAUUACAUGGCAUGACAUGGUAUUAGAAGGGAAUUUGGAAGAGAUUUGAAAAGAAAUCUUUGUUUUAAGUGAUUGAAAUUUUAUUUCAAAAAGGGAAAGUUUUAUUUCAAAAAGGGGAAGUUUUCUAAAAUGAACCGGAUUUCGCGAGUCCGGGGUUAGCUUGACUUGGAGGGAGCGCGGCCGGUGUAGGGUGUGAAAAAGUUGAUACUAGGCCCUUUAACAGUUGCCGGAUUUAGAACCGGGAAUAGCUAUCAAUCUCGCCUCGGUAAAGUCAGUUAGCGGAUUUUCAAAAGUGAAAGUUAGGUCAGUAUAGACCAGAUUUGGGAUGGGUGCAUCACAUUUCAUAUCAUGCACAUCAUUUUGUAGAAUUGUGUUAUGUGUUGAGAUUGUUGCCUAUUAAGUGGUAAAUGUUGUACGGACUUCUAUUGUAUGACCUCAGUUUCUUUUCUAUCCCUUUUUAUGUUACGUGGCUUAAGGGAGUCCAAAACUGACGCUUUAGGGGACUUCUACUGAGGGUUGUGCUCACCCCUUAUUUUAAACACUUUUCAGGACACAAAAAGAAAGUGACGGACGACGUUCCACCACAGGCGUAGGUAGAAUUUUAGAAGUUUAUUUUGUUACCUCUUGUACUUAAGCCUCAUUUUGUAUAACUUUAUUAAGACAUGUACCUUUUGUGUAUUGUGACAUGUAAAUGAAGUCAUGAACCUUAUUCGUAUUUUAUGCAAGUUUCAAAUGUCCUACUAAUAGCCAAUGAUGCAUGUAAUAGCCAUGUUUAUAUAUAUUUGAAGGUGAUGGGGAUGAUGUUGAACUCUUUUGAGGAUGGUGUUGAUGUUGUUGAUUUUGGAUUAAGGUUUA